CGGAUGGUCUCCUCCACUGAGGGAUCCGUCCGGCAGGCAGGGCAAGGGAAGAGAGAAGAAAUCUCCAGCCUGGCUCCAUCCACCCAUCUCCUUCACCCCUCUCCCCCUCGCAGGCUCAAGUCGUCUCCGGGCGGCUGUGGAGGAGGCAGCAGCAGCAAGAGCGGGAUCAUCCUGGACAUCUCCUCCUUGACGAUGAACGAGCUGGACACGGAGGUGCUCCCGUUGCCGCCUCGCUACCGGUUCCGGGACUUGCUGUUGGGGGAUCAGAGCUUCCAAAAUGACGACAGGGUUCAAGUGGAGUUUUACGUGAAUGAAAAUACAUUCAAGGAGCGCCUCAAGCUGUUUUUCAUCAAGAACCAAAGAUCAAGUCUGAGGAUACGGCUCUUCAACUUUUCUCUGAAGCUUCUUACCUGCCUUCUUUACAUUGUCCGUGUUCUGCUUGAUGACCCACAGCGGAUAGGAUGCUGGGAAUGUGAAAAGCACAAUUACACAAGCUUCAACCAGUCCUGGACAGAAAUCAACUGGGCUCCUAUCUUAUGGGUGGAUCGCAACAAGCCAUUGUGGGCAAUUCAGGUCAGCGUAGCAAUCAUUAGCUUUCUGGAGACCAUGCUCCUAAUUUAUCUCAGCUACAAGGGGAACAUUUGGGAGCAGAUCUUUCGGGUUUCCUUUAUCCUUGAAAUGAUCAACACUGUGCCCUUCAUUAUCACUAUAUUUUGGCCUCGUUUGCGGAAUUUGUUCAUUCCUGUUUUCCUGAACUGCUGGCUCGCAAAGUACGCCUUGGAAAACAUGAUCAAUGACCUUCACCGAGCCAUCCAAAGAACACAAUCAGCCAUGUUCAAUCAGGUGCUGAUUUUGAUCUGCACCCUGUUGUGUCUCGUUUUCACUGGGACCUGCGGCAUCCAGCAUUUGGAAAGGGCUGGUGAAAAUCUCUCCCUCUUCAAAUCCUUUUAUUUCUGUAUUGUCACCUUCUCCACUGUGGGCUACGGCGACGUCACCCCCAAGAUCUGGCCCUCCCAGCUGCUAGUCGUGAUUAUGAUUUGUGUGGCCCUGGUUGUGUUACCCCUGCAGUUUGAAGAACUUGUGUACUUGUGGAUGGAAAGGCAAAAGUCGGGCGGGAACUACAGCCGCCACCGAGCGCAGACCGAAAAACACGUAGUCCUUUGCGUCAGCUCCCUGAAGAUUGACCUGCUCAUGGAUUUCCUCAAUGAAUUUUAUGCUCAUCCAAGAUUGCAGGAUUACUACGUUGUGAUCCUUUGUCCAACAGAGAUGGAUAUCCAAGUGCGACGUGUCCUGCAGAUCCCACUGUGGUCCCAGCGCGUCAUCUAUCUCCAAGGAUCUGCACUGAAAGAUCAGGAUCUCAUGAGAGCAAAGAUGGACAAUGGAGAGGCCUGCUUCAUCCUGAGCAGUCGAAAUGAAGUGGACCGCACAGCUGCUGAUCAUCAAACCAUCCUAAGAGCGUGGGCAGUGAAAGACUUUGCCCCAAAUUGUCCCCUCUACGUUCAGAUUCUCAAGCCUGAGAAUAAGUUUCAUGUGAAAUUUGCCGAUCAUGUGGUCUGCGAAGAGGAAUGCAAAUACGCCAUGCUGGCUCUGAAUUGCGUCUGCCCUGCGACUUCGACUCUCAUCACCCUCCUAGUUCAUACCUCCAGAGGACAAGAGGGGCAAGAAUCUCCAGAGCAGUGGCAAAGAAUGUAUGGGCGUUGCUCGGGCAAUGAGGUAUACCACAUCCGGAUGGGCGACAGCAAGUUUUUCAUGGAGUACGAUGGGAAAAGCUUCACCUACGCAUCUUUCCACGCGCACAAAAAAUAUGGCGUCUGCUUGAUAGGUGCGAGAAGAGAGGAUAACAGAAGCAUCCUCCUCAACCCUGGGCCGCGGCACAUCAUGUCAGCAUCCGACACGUGCUUCUACAUCAACAUCACAAAAGAGGAGAACUCGGCCUUCAUAUUCAAACAAGAGGAGAAGCAGAAGAAGAAAGGAUUUUCUGGGAGGGGUAUCUAUGAUGGUCCUUCAAGGCUACCAGUCCACAGCAUCAUCGCCAGUAUGGGCACGGUGGCCAUGGACCUGCAGAACACAGAAUGUCGGCCUGCCAACAACAGCAAGCUCACCCUGCCAGCAGAGAAUGGCUCAGGGAAAAGGAGGCCGAGCAUCGCCCCGGUCCUGGAGGUGGCCGACAGUUCUUCCCUCUUACCUUGUGAUAUGCUCAGCGACCAAUCAGAGGACGAGAUGACUCAGUCAGAUGAUGAAGGCCUGACAGUUAUAGAGUAUGUGAAAGGGUACCCUCCCAACUCACCCUACAUCGGAAGUUCUCCCACAUUAUGCCAUCUUCUACCUGUCAAAGCUCCUUUUUGCUGCUUGCGCUUGGAUAAGGGCUGCAAGCACAACAGUUACGAAGAUGCGAAGGCCUAUGGCUUUAAGAACAAGUUGAUAAUUGUUUCUGCUGAGACUGCUGGAAAUGGGCUCUAUAACUUCAUCGUCCCUCUCCGUGCAUAUUAUCGGUCGCGGAAAGAGUUAAACCCCAUUGUCUUGUUGCUGGACAACAAGCCUGAUCAUCACUUUCUGGAAGCCAUCUGCUGUUUCCCCAUGGUGUACUAUAUGGAAGGCAGCAUUGAUAACCUCGACAGUUUGCUGCAGUGUGGAAUCAUUUAUGCAGACAACUUGGUGGUGGUCGACAAGGAGAGCACCAUGAGCGCUGAGGAGGAUUACAUGGCCGACGCCAAGACUAUCGUCAAUGUCCAAACCAUGUUCCGGCUUUUCCCAAGCCUGAGCAUCAUUACAGAGCUGACCCAUCCAUCCAACAUGAGGUUCAUGCAAUUCCGAGCAAAGGACAGCUAUUCGUUGGCGCUUUCCAGACUAGAAAAGAAAGAGCGAGAGAACGGUUCCAACUUGGCCUUCAUGUUCCGGCUUCCGUUUGCGGCUGGGAGAGUUUUCAGCAUCAGCAUGUUGGACACACUGCUAUAUCAGUCAUUCGUCAAAGACUACAUGAUCACCAUCACCAGAUUGUUACUGGGCCUUGACACCACCCCAGGUUCCGGCUACCUCUGUGCUAUGAAAAUCACCGAGGAUGACCUGUGGAUCCGGUCAUACGGGCGACUCUUCCAGAAGCUGUGCUCCUCCAGCGCUGAGAUCCCUAUCGGCAUCUAUAGGACUGAGUCUCACAUGUUCUCCACCAGUGAUCCUCAUGACAUCAGAACACAGUCACAGAUCUCAAUCAAUGUGGAAGAGUGUGAGGACACCAAGGAAGUCAAGGAGCACUGGAACACCAAGACAAGCCAUCACCGGAACUCUUGCCCGAGCGAUCAAACAGAGCACCCCCUGCUCCGGCGGAAGAGCAUGCAGUGGGCGCGCAGGCUGAGUCGGAAAGGGCCCAACAAACAAACACCCAAAACAGCCGAGUGGAUCAACCAGCAGAGACUGAGUCUUUAUCGGCGAUCAGAGCGGCAGGAGUUGUCAGAGCUGGUGAAGAACCGCAUGAAACAUCUGGGCUUGCCCACGACGGGGUACGAGGAUGUAGCAAAUUUAACAGCCUGUGAUGUGAUGAAUCGGGUAAACCUUGGAUAUUUGCAAGAUGAAAUGAAUGACCAUCAGAACACCUUGUCCUAUGUCCUCAUCAACCCACCUCCUGACACACGGCUGGAACUCAAUGACAUAGUGUACUUAAUACGACCCGAUCCCUUAGCUCACGUGGAAAAUGAGGCGCACAGUCGAAAGGACAACUGUAGCAAGCGGGACCCGUGUACCCCGGAAACAAGAGAUGAAACGCAACUCUGAGCCUUCCCCUCCUUUUGCACGGAACUCAUCCCCUGCCCCUCUUGAUAAUGCAUGGAACUAUAACAGAACUAACUAUAAACUGUGCCAAAGGGGUGGAAUCGUUUUCUGUGGGGAUGUAAGAAGAGCUCUGGGUCAAGAGGUUUACAAAGACAACCGGUCGGUUGUGUAACACAUGGUGCACUGAGACAUCCCGUAUCCAGUCCGGAUUCAUAACUCUGGAAGAGCCUGCCAUUCAGAAUUAAAGGAUACCUAGUCUGCUCAAAGACUGGAUGUCUUGCUUUUAAUAAUUUUUUUGUUUGGGUGGGGGGGAGGAGGGUUGUUUAAAAACGUACCAUAACUAGUGACAACAUCUUUCUUGAGCAUGGAAUGAAGGAUGGGAACAUCGUGAAGAAGACUGGGCUGAUUUGGGAGCCUCGUCCAUCCAACGCAGAAACAAGGCUGCUAACUUGCCAAAGCAACAAAAUGGCAAGAUGAACUUGAUGUGGUGUUGUGGAUGUUGUUCCUUACAGCGUGCUGGGUUUAUUGGCUUCUCACUACAAAUGCUCUUGGGUGUGUGCUUGCCACUGUGUUCUCCUGGAAGGAAAGGUGGCACGUUGGACCUCUUGGAGCAGGCACAAGAGUUGGCCAUCGGCUGACAAAACUGGACCUUUCUGCUCAGGUAGGGCCAUCCUGACUUUAAAACAGAAGGACAACAGAAAAAUAAAGGGCUGAGCGCCACUGAAGCUCAGAGAGUCUAGGAAAAACUCUCUUUUGAGCAUUUUGUGGGACAGCUGAAAAUCAGAUUUGUCAAGCAUCAUAUGCCUACCCCAGAAAUGUCAGUUGAUAAAAGUGAUGACAGCAGGUCACAACGAUAUUCAGGUUGUUUGUCAGUCGGAUUUCCUUCUCCAUUUUGAGGCUCUUCUACGCCUUGAACAUGAGGUCUACAUUCCACUAUGUGAACCUUGGCAUUGUAGCAUAUUCUUAGUACCACCCAGAGUCUCAUUUGAGAACCUGUUAAGCCAGCUCCCAAGAUGCAUCUGAAGUAUCUUUGCCUGUCCAUGGUUUUCUUGACAACUUUUAAGACAGGGAUUUUCGCUGCCUUCCACAGCAGCUUGCUGCCAAGAGUGGCCGGGUCUAAUAAUGAUGAAAUUUGGUGGCAAUAAUGUCUAAAAGGAAAGAGCCAGCCAUUUUGGUCACAAAAAUAUACGGAAAGAGAGGAAAAGAGUGAGAGGAGACCAAGAAUUAUAUCUCAAGAAAACCUUAAACAUGGAUUAUACAUUGACUGAUUCUGCACAACAGAAAUAAAAUGUUUUUAGACCA